AUGCAAGAAGGCUCCGCUGAUGACAUGAUUUUCAAUAUAUUUGAAAUUGUGUCUUAUUUGUCUCAGUGGCGAUACGUGUUUCAAGAAAGCGAGGAAGAGGCUUCGCCAGAACAAGAAUCCCUUUCAACUGGACAGCCCGAAGCCAAGACUCCAACACAAUGUGAAGAUCAAGUUGACCACGUACAAGACCAUUGGGAUGAGACCAAAUCGACACUAUGCAACCACUUACCUAGCUUUGAUGCCUCCGUGAACAUUUUGUCCAAAGACCAGGACUACGUCAAAUGGUCCAACUCGAACGAACAGCCUAGCAAUACUGCACCGUCGCCUAGCAAAUACCGUAAUCCCAUCUAUUCUAGUGCAAUAUUACUUCGAUUAUGUGUGCAUAUCAUGGUCAUCGUUUUAUUCACCAUUGAUCCCGCUCAGAGCUAUAGUCAGUCGUCUUUGGAGUCAAAAUGCGGCUAUAUAACUCCCUGGUUGAGGAGCUUGAUCUGCAAAAGAAUGCGGCGCAGUUGGAAGAUGAGAUUCUGUUCACUGGUCGUUCAUCAUUCUGUGGGCCCGUCGAUACAGGCGAUACGGACGCGCCUCCUGCGCAUUUUCAUCACCUUAGCAGAGGUAUACCGUUGUGCUGCACUUCUGCAGCAGAUAUACCGAGUCUUUCUCAAUAUUCUCGUUGAGCGACUACGACUAAAUGAGAGACCUAGGGUCGAACUCCCAGCAUUAUUUGUCCUCCUCUUUCUUAUAGCCGACGAAAAUUAG